UAAAGGACCUCGACGUGGAACCAACAGCGGAAAAUAUCGCUAUGUCGCCCGGUGACGCUGCCAGAGGGACUCCUGACGCGCCGGGAGAAGAAACGGGUUCCACGGCCAGCGCCCCCUCGCCUGAGAUGUCAUCCGCCGUGGAGGCAGAGUUCCCCGCUCCAAUGGAGGUAGACGAAGCUGUUCUUCCCAGCGAGAGUCAAGGAAGUGCCAACGGGGGCGUUCCCGACUCUGUCCAGGCCGAGGCUGGGGCCGGUCCUGACGCCUCCCGUCCCGCGCCCCUGCUUCCCGCUGUGUCCGCCCAGGUGCCUCCACCACCUCCAGCAGCCUCCGACACAGGGGAGGGCCUGACAUUCCGGGUCCUUUACGGGGUGCUCGAGCACGAACCCUUGUGCUACCUGUUAAAAGUCGGGGAGGCGACCCUUCUGCUGGACUGCGGGUGGGACGUGCAGCUGGAUGAAGCCUUGCUCGAGCCCCUGCUUCCUGUCCUUCCCCAGGUCCAGCUCGUCCUCCUUUCCUUUCCAGACCUUUCCCACAUGGGGGCCUUGCCCUGGGUGGCCAAGCACCUGCGUCCCGGCGUUCCAAUUUACACGACCCAGCCUGUUUUCAAGAUGGCUCAGAUGGUGCUCUACGACCUGUACCUGAACAAGUGCAUGGACACUGCCAGCGGCGCCGCCGGGUGUCCCGCCUUUACACUCGACGAGGUGGACGCCGCCAUGGCGCGUUUCCAGCUUCUCAAGUUCUCGCAGCCGCUGGAAGUGCGGCAGCAGGGCCGCUUCUACCUGAGUGUGACUCCUUACCCUGCGGGACGCAUCCUGGGCGGGUGCUUUUGGCGCGUGAACUACAAGAAGAUGGAGGAGAUCGUGUACGCGGUGGACUUCAAUCUCAAGAGCGAACGGCACCUUACGGGGGCCGUGGAGGCCUUCAAUGCGCUGAGCGCGGACAAGGAGCAACGACCCUGCCUCUUCAUCACGGACGCGCGCCCCUCCCCCAAUCUGUCGACGGACGAACGCAAGGUCGAGACCGAGUUCCUGGCGGCGGCUACCGGGACCUUGCGGAAGGGUGGGCAUGUCCUCAUCCCCGUCGAGACCUCGGGACGCGCCCAAGAGCUCUUGCUCGCGCUCAACGGGCACUGGCGCUCCGAUCGGCUCCUGUGGGGCUACAAGAUCGUCCUCCUCCACCACAUGGCGCGUAACGUGCUUCACUUCACCAAGAGCAUGGUCGAGUACAUGCACCCCGAGGUCAUCCGGGACUUCGACCGCUCCCUGCGCAACCCCUUCUCGCUCAAGCACGUGGUCCCCGCCCAGAGCAUGCUCGAGCUGGAGGCCGCCAUGGGCGAGUACCGGAACCCGGUGGUGGUGCUUGCGAGCGACGAGGGCAUGGACACGGGCUUCUCGCGCGCCCUCGCCACCCGGUGGGCGAGCGGGCCUGAGAACGCCUUGUUAUUGUGCGGACAUCUGCGGAAGGGGAGCCUGGCAGAAAGCUUCUGGAAGCUUCGGCACCUGCCCAAGGCGGCGCUUUCCUUCAGCGUUCCAGUUAUAGAGCGCAUCGUGGGGGAGGAACUGGCAGGCCUGCGAGAGAAGGAAGACAGGGAGCGUCGGAAGGCUUUGGAGGCGGAAGAGUUCCGCCGACAGGCCCAUGAGCUUAUGGAGGGUACGGUGGGCGCGGUCUUCUCGGAGGAGCAAGGGAUGUUGGCAGGAAACUCGUCCAACGGCCCCCUGGCACCCCUUCAGGCCUCCUCCUCGGCCAAACGCCUGCGUAAGACCGCUGCCAUGUACCGCCGGCCUCGCUAUCUGGUCUUCGGGUGUCGAGAUCCAGCCAGCGUGGAGGUGGAUGCCUAUGGAGAGCCGCUGCGGGAGGGGGAAUGCGUGGACGAGGGCAACGCCGGGGGGGGGCCGCAGGCGGGGACUGCGCGGGGGCUCGUCUUCCAAGGGCCAGGGGCAGGGGGAGGAGGUGGGGGAGUGCAGCGGUGGGGGUAUCUGGACGACGUGCUCAUGACAGAGGGAGAGGCUCAGGUACGAGCGGGGACGGGUGCCUUGAAGUUUCUGAUGCGGGAGUCUGUGGUGGAAGUGCGGUGGCGCGUCAGAGCCUUCCCCAUGGAGGGCCGCUCCGACGGGAAGAACCUGCGGGCAAUUUUGACGAACCUGGCGCCUCGAAACAUCAUAUUCGUGCGCGGCACGCCUGAGUCUUUCACGGACCUGACGUUGCAUGCAGGCAAGAUGCUGGGGUCCUCCACACGUCUGUGGACACCGCCGGGCCCAGGGAAGGGAGGGCAGGAGGAGCAGCUGGGAGAGCUGGUGGGGGUUCUCGAUGGCCUUGUGGGGGGAUCUGCUGCAGAAGGGGCCAUGGCGGCUUCUGUAGCCGCGGCAGCAGCCGCAGCCGCCACAGAAGCCGCCAGGACGGUGGGUAUACGGUUUGAUAGCAAGGUCACGGAUGUGAGCUUGGAGGAGGACGAAGGAGAGGAGGAAUGGAGGGAGGAAGCGGCACCCUUGGUGUUGAAAGAUAUGGGUAACUAUCGUCUGGCGCUCGUGCAGGCAGUGGCCUCGGAGGACCGCGUGGAUGCGAACGGAAAGCCUCUGCUGCGCUGCCAACCUGUCGUGGCGACAAAGGGAGGCACCGUCUUACAAGACAAAGGUAGUGAGGAAGUGAGCGAUGGUGCAGAAACAGCUUUCUCAGUCCUGUCCCAGACAAGGGCGCCGCUCUGGCUGGCGGACGGAGACGUGUUCUUGACGGAAUCCUCUCAGCGCCAGUCUCUGCGGCAGAAGCUCCGAGAGGCGGGUGUGAACCCCGACUUCCACGUUGGACCGGAAGGGGCUUCCUUGAUCUGCGAUGGGACGACAGUGGUAAGGGUGAAGGACAAUAAAGUCAUGCUAGAGGGCCCGCUUAGCGAGACUUACUUCAAAGUUCGGCAAGCCAUCUAUUCGCGGUUCGUGGCUUUGUAGGGAGGAUGGGCCAGAGGGAUGAAAAGUGAAGCAUAUUGCCA